AGUAGCGACGUGAGUAGAUAAUCAUAAGUGGAGCUGGUGGGCACGAAGAGGCCGCGAGAGACGCGCGAGCGCUGGUGUGGAAGAGAGAGACUCGAGCGACUGUGGAAGAGGCGCGAGUCAGUACUUCGCAGUGCCCUGACUCGCUGAGACGUUUUGGUCGGUCGCAAGCUCGCCACGCAGCCAAGAGUUCACUCCUCCACAGCCUCUCUCUGGGUGAUUAUGAACAAGUGCUAGGCAGUUGCAAGAGUCCAGUUGAGCGAGCAAGAUACGUUGUGAAGUGUUGUGUGUGCGCAAGUGAGGGAAUUUGGCGGUGAGGAUCAAGCGAGAGACAGCGAGGAAGUUGAGAGCGUCACAGAGCAGCGAAAACUGCAGAAUGGAUUACUUUAGCAAUAGGAAUUUAGCAAAAAUCUUCGCCGUCCUCUUUGUCGUCACACACUACAAGUAUACAGAGGCCGUUCAGCAGCUGUGGCCGGGCUCUCUCGGGCAGGAAAAGUGCUCCAGCGGAGGCGGACUCAAGUACAUCUCGGGCGAUGCCUUGACAGACAGCCCCGACUGCCUAGGCCCCAACAGUGCGCCCUAUCCCAGCGCAGCCGUAGCACGGACGUUCGCCAGCUGGAGUGCCGGCGGAUCGUCGAGGCGCGGUAGACACAGCCAGCUGCCCACGCUGGACCCGCUCGCCACGCGCUCCGCCCUCCUCAGGGCCUACAGCACGGCCAACGCGGACGGCGCAGAUGCACCAGGAAGCAGAUUCGGUCGAUCUGUAAAUCAUCCCGCGGCGAGCGUCGAUGGCCAGUGCAGCGGAACGCCAGCGAGAUUGUGCAAGACGAGGUACAACACCACAGCGCCCAUGUACGGCGUCAGCCUGACGUCUGGCCAGCCGGUGACGAUCGUCCAGAAAUUCCCUGACCUGCUGCAACAGGUCGUCUUCGAGGUGUGCGAGUCAUCGGAAUGCGACGUGGUACGCGGUGAAUGCACACAAACCUAUGUGCCCUACCUGUUCCUCGUCAUUCCGCUGGGCCCUGUCACACUCACGGGGCAGGACUACGUGCUGGUGGAGAGUGGCUGCGUGUGCAAGCCCAAGUACGCGACGGGCGCACCGCAGGAGCCCAACAUCAUACCCUAGAGCAGCGCAGAUUUGCAUUUUCUCUCACUUCAAUGUGCGCGCGUCAGUAGCAGUUUGUGGCCACGAGUGCCAAAUGCUGCAAUUGGAUCUACAAGAAGUUUGCAGCAGAGAAGAAACUGAUGGAAAAUGUAUAUUAAUUAAUAAUAGUAGAAUAUAAGAGUGAUUUUGAAGGAAUUUCUUUCGUAUUUCUUAUCACUUCCGUUAGAACUAUGCUUUUGAAAGAAAUUACACAGUAGAUGGCGCUGUUAGUGUUGACGCGCGCGAGCAAUUCUUAAAACAU